AUGGAAAGCCCGCCUCUGUCCGUCGGCAGCCGCCGCGGCUCUGUUGAUUCCGAGGACUACGACGACUACCUGGCCAACUACGUGCCGCUGUCCAACCUGCCCACUCCGCCGCCCGCACAGGCGGGGGCGUCCUGGAGCGAGGCCCCCAGGAGUCUGGCUGGCCAUCUGGUGGACGAGAACGAUUUGCGGGGCCCCGCCUCACAUCUCGCCAAGCUUGUUCCCUCGAACGCCUGCAGCCGUCGCCCAUCCGUGAGCGUCAUCGAGGACUAUCUGGAGCGCUCGAAUCUGCCCUUCGAAGUGCUCGGCUUGACAGCGUGCAUCCUCGAUGCUCUGAGCAUGCGCUUCGCCAAAAAAUGGCGGCACGCCCUAACCCUCAACGAGCCUACGCCCGCCGCCUCACCGCUCCUCGACGCCGCGAAUGGCCCCAUCUCUCCUCCCGCGUCUCCCGCUCUCAUGACCGCUGCUCCCGUCCUGAACCCGGCCAUCAAGAGCCAUGCGGAGCCGGAGCUGCUGGUGCUGUCUGCUCUGGCCCUGGCCACCGGCUACCUCGACGACCACCAGGUGUCACUGCAACACUGGGCGCAGCGCAUCUCCUGCGGAGUCUUCUCCGCCCGCGAGCUCUCCACUACCCAGCGUUGCGUGCUCAUUGACCUGGACUAUGACCUGCACUCGUUCACUCUCGAGUUCAUUCGCGACUCCAUCGAGGACAUGCACCGCGCGAGCCUGCAGAGCCGCCGAAACGCCGCCGCCGCCGCCGCCGCCGCCGCCACUACCACGGUAGCCGUUGUGAAGGAUGUUGCUGAAGAGCCAUAUGCGGCAACCGGUGAAAAGAACCGGCCAGCGCCGUUAUCGCUGCAAGGCUCGGCGACGUGGUUCAAAGGUAUUGCGACGCCGGAGCCGAGCCCGAGCGUCAUGGCUCUCGACCAUGCCUGGGAUUGA